AUGGCUCCGCCAGCCCGAGCUGCCGUGACGGCCGCGGUCAGCCGCGUCUCCGCCGAGCAUCGCGAGCUCGAUGAGUCCGAGCUUCUCUUGCAGGACCUCCGGGACUGGUACUCAAUCAAGCACGCGUUCUCGUUCUUCGUUGCCUAUGACGGGAUCAUGAUCGAGAUUUGCGAGAAUUUGGCCGUCCAGUUCGCCGCUGAGGUCCAGUCGCCAGAGGCGCGUGCCUCUUUCGGCUUCCAAGUGGCCAUGGAGAACACCCAUUCCGAAACGCAGUCCUUCCUGCUUGAGCAGUGCAUCAGUGAUCCGGCAGAAAAAGGCCUGCGCGCCGAGUUCGCGCGCCCGCUUUGCGGGAAACUCCAGGACCCCUUGCCAAAGGACGUGAUCCACGCCAUCGGCCGCGGCGCGGUGGAGGGCGAGUGCACGUUGGAUAUCUACGUGGCCAUUUUGAUCAUCGACGAGGCGGCGCUGAGCACCUGCGCGGAGCUGAUCAUCGACGGGGCGACGCUGAUCAUCUACGCGGUGUUCCUCUUGGCCUUCGGGGCGGCGAUGUGCAAGGGGGCGGCUUUGACAAUCUACGGGGAGACGCGGUGCCCCGGGAAAGCACAGGCCAUCUACGUGGCCACGUGGAUCGUCGACAGGCCAGUGCUGCACAUUUGGACCAAGCAAAUCACCGACGGCGGCGCGGCACCAGACAUGUUGGUCAAGCUUUUGAACGCGAUGGAAGUGACAGCGCGGCAGUUCGAGGGCCCAGGGCAGAAGCAGCAGAGGCGCAGGUACUGCCAGUUGUUCACGGGGCGCUGGUCCCUCAAGUUCACCGCCUCCCAGCUGUCCUAUUACGGCGCGGCGGGCCUGGUCUUUCCUGAAGAAGAGGACCAGAUCCAGGUGAUGGGCGAGAGGAACUCCGGCAUGCUGAUCUACACGCACAUGGUCGGCGCGGACGAUCGCCCGGCACGGCGGUCGGCCAAGCCGAUUCUGCGGGCCCGGGACGCGGGCCGUUCCGUCAUGAUCUCGGCGAUCGAGAAGCAGAAGUUCGUGUACAUCCUCAACAGGGAUUCUGCUGCGCGGCUGACGAUAUCGUCCCCUCUGGAGGCCCACAAGAGCUGCACGCUGGUCUACGGGACGGUCGGAAUGGACGUGGGCUUUGAGAACCCGCUCUUCGCGACGAUCGAGCUGAGCUACGAGGAGGUAGACCGCGACCCGCACGCAGACCCGCCGCAGAAGAUGCUGACGCUGUACGAGAUGGACCUCGGUCUGAACCACGUCACGCGGAAGUUCGCAGACGCGGUGGACCACAGCGCGCACGCCUUGAUCGCGGUGCCUGGUGGUGUGGACGGCCCCAGCGGGGUGCUCGUCUGCUGCGAGAAUUGCCUUGUGUACAAAAAGCAGGGCCACCCGGACGUCGUCUGCGCCAUCCCGCGCCGCCUCGAAAUGGCGCAGGAGAAAGGCCUUCUGAUCGUGGCCCACGCCACGCACAAGCUGAAGGAUUUCUUCUUCUUCUUGAUUCAGAGUGAGUACGGUGACCUUUACAAGGUCACCCUCACUCACGAUGAAGACCUCGUUUCCGAAGUCCAGGUCAAGUAUUUCGACACCAUCCCGCUUGCCAAUGCCCUCUGUGUGUUGAAGACGGGCUUCUUGUUCGCCGCGGCGGAGUUCGGGAAUCACGCGCUGUACCAGUUCCAGGGGAUCGGGACCGACGAGGAGGACCCCAUGUGCACCUCGUCGCAUCCGCACGGUGCGCAGGCGCUCGUGGCGUUCAAGCCCAGAACACUGAAGAACCUCAUGCUCUACGACGAGAUGCCGUCUCUGUCGCCGGUGAUCGACAUGAAGGCACCCGUAGCCGCCGUCGCAAAGCACGAGCGCGCAGCAUCUCGCGUCAGCGCCGACGUCAGCAGUUCUCAUGCACCGUUGCCAGUGCAUGGCCUGCAGGUCCUGGACGCCACGGGAGAGGGCAAGCCUCAGCUCUACUCGCUCUGCGGCCGAGGCCCCAGGACCGUCAAGGCCACCAUGGACAGUGAGUUCGACCGGUACAUCGUCGUCUCUUUUAUCGAUGUGACCCUCGUGCUCUCCAUAGGCGACACCGUCGAGGAAGUGUUGGACAGCGGCUUCCUCGCCACCGCCCCGAGCCUGCUCAUCCAGCUCAUGGCGGACGAUUCGUACGUGCAGGUGCACCCAACUGGCAUCAGGCACCUGCUGCCCCGGCGCACCAACGAGUGGCGCGUGCCCGGCCAGAAGCGCAUCGUCACGGCGGCGGCGAACGAGCGCCAGGCGGCCCAGUCCCUGCCUUUGCCCGCGCGGCCCCUUUGCCGGUGUUCUCUCGCGCUGCCUGCAGCGAGAGAUCGAGGCGACACGCGCGCCUACACCGACAGCGAGGACCUCCUCCUCCUCCGCCUCCUCCUCUCCUCCUCCUCCGCCUCCUCCUCUCCUUCUCCUCCGCCUCCUCCUCUCCUCCUCCUCCUCCGCCUCCUCUCCUCCUCCUCCUCCUCCUCCUCCUCCUCCUCCUCUCCUCCUCCUCUCUCCUCCUCUCUCCUCCUCCUCCUCCUCCUCUCUUCCUUCUCUUCCUCCUCCUCCUUCUCCUCCUCCUCCUCUCCUCCUCCUCCUACUCCUCCUCCUCCUCCUCCUCCUCCUCCUCCUCCUCCUCCUCCUCCUCCUCCCCUCCUCGUGACUUUUUAUCUGUCUCGCGUUGCAUGCGUCCAGACGCCAGAACCAAGAGGCCACGGCCUCACCCACCUGGUCUGA